AUGAACAAAGAUUUUGGUGGUAUUUUCAAGUUCAAGGUAAAGAAAACAAGCGCAUUAGUAGUAAAAAGGAGGACAAAAACCAGCAGCAUAUUUGCAUCAAUGUCAGUUGCCCACGUGGACGACGAGGACCUCGCCGCCACAGGGACCGGGACUAGACCCGGGCCAGGGGAGGUGUAUCGUGGCGAGACGGUGUUCAACAAUGGAGAUUUCUAUACAGGUCAGUGGGUUGAUAAUCUUCCACAAGGUCAAGGUAAGUAUUUGUGGAAUGAUGGUUGUAUGUAUGUAGGUGAAUGGCAAAAGGGUAAAACUAUGGGUAAAGGUAGAUUUACAUGGCCUUCAGGAGCAACUUAUGAAGGGGAUUUCAAAAGAGGUUAUAUGGAUGGAAUUGGAACUUAUACAAAUUCAAAUGAAGAUUCUUAUAAAGGAUUUUGGUCAAUGAAUUCUAAACAUGGGAAAGGUACCGAAAACUUUGCAAAUGGGGAUUCUUAUGAAGGUGAAUGGAUCAAAGGAAUGCAAGAAGGUCAAGGGAAGUAUCAAUGGGCAAAUGGGAAUUUUUAUCUAGGUCAAUGGAAAAAUGGAGUUUUUCAUGGAAAUGGGUCUUUAUCUUUUACUAAUGGGAAUAAGUUUGAAGGUUAUUGGGAAGAAGGGUAUCCUAAAGGAGAAGGUACCUACAAAUGGGAAGAUGGUAGUUGUUAUGUUGGUGUUUGGAGUAUUGAACCUAGCGAACAAAGUGUUACAUAUUACGCAGCAAACAAUUCAUCCGAUAAUGGAGAUGGUGAUUGGGAUCCUCAAGAUUUAUUUAAUGUUGAUAUGAACGACUGCAAGAUUUAUCCAGGAGAGGAGAUCACCAUAUUUCCAUCACAAAAGGCAAUAAACUGGCCUAGUUUCAAUGGAAAGACAAUAAAGAAAUUGGUUGAUAUUAGGGGAUCCAAAGCAGGAACAUGGGAUUUUGGUCAUGAUGGUUCUGCUAAUGGUUUAAAUAGGAGAAGUGGAGACCGUUUGGAUAGUUCCAUGCCACGGAACUUUCGACCUAUCCUACUUCCAAAGACCAUCAAGAAGCAAGGGGAGACUAUCUGCAGGGGCCAUAAAAAUUACGAGUUGAUGCUAAACUUGCAGCUAGGAAUAAGACAUUCUGUAGGAAGACCAGGGCCACCAGUAAAGCGUGACUUGAAGUCUUCGGCUUUUGAUCCCAAAGAAAAAGUUUGGACGAAAUUCCCACCAGAAGGAUCCAAGCACACUCCUCCCCACCCAUCCUGUGAUUUCAAAUGGAAGGACUAUUGUCCUUUGGUUUUCAGGACCCUAAGGACACUGUUCAAAGUUGAUGCAGCUGAUUAUAUGUUAUCGAUUUGUGGGAAUGAUGCUCUUCGGGAACUUUCAUCUCCGGGGAAGAGUGGAAGCUUCUUUUACUUAACCCAUGAUGACAAGUAUAUGAUUAAGACGAUGAAGAAGUCCGAAGUAAAAGUUCUCCUGAGGAUGCUUCGAGCUUAUUAUAACCAUGUUCGCACCUUUGAAGACACCUUAGUUACCAGGUUCUAUGGUCUUCACUGUGUGAAGUUGACAGGAGCAACACAAAAGAAAGUACGAUUUGUUAUAAUGGGAAAUCUCUUUUGUACCGAGUAUGCCAUUCACCGCCGGUUUGAUUUAAAAGGUUCUUCGCAUGGACGUACAACUGAUAAACCUGACUCAGAAAUCGACCCAACUACCACCCUUAAAGAUCUAGAUCUUAAUUAUAUCUUCCGACUGCAGAGAUUUUGGUUCCAAGAGUUCUGCAGGCAAGUAGACAGGGACUGUGACUUCCUCGAGCAGGAGAGAAUUAUGGAUUAUAGUCUUUUAGUUGGUUUACACUUUCGAGAUUCUGGUGCAAAAAAUGCAGAAGGGAAAGAAGACAGUAAUAGUUGUGACCUGAUAGCGCCUCGACUUUCAAAAGUAAAUGAAACAGAUAAACUAGUUUUUGAUCCUAACCAGUGGGCAUCGAUUCGAUUAGGAAUCAACAUGCCAGCAAGGGCAGAACUGACAUUACGAAAAUCAGUUGAGGGUGAGGCUCAGGCAGUAGAAGCAACAGGAGAGUGCUACGAUGUUAUCAUCUUCUUCGGAAUAAUUGACAUUUUACAAGACUAUGAUAUCAGUAAAAAGCUAGAGCACGCAUAUAAGGCUUUCCAAUAUGAUGCUACUUCUAUAUCUGCUGUUGAUCCUAGGCAGUACUCUAAACGUUUCCGGGAUUUCAUAUACAAGGUUUUUGCAGAAGAUGGGUAGUGGAAAUUAAACCAUUCAUUUAUGUAAAAGCUUCAGCUUUCAGCUCAGAUGCUCGUUUUUACAGCCAGGAUUUUGGGUGUAUUCAGAAACUCAACUACGCGAUUCUGGCCCAUUCGAGCAGGUAGCUUUCGGCAAAAGCACCAUUUUAGGACUGAUUCCAGUGACACAUAUUUUAGUGGGAAAAAAAAGCAUAGAUUAACAAAAAAAAAAGGAAAAAUAGAAGCAGCUCCUCGAAGAUUAUGCAACUGUAAAUUACAGCUCUUAGUGUAAGUGUAUAACUCAAAAGGAUAAACAGAUUGGGUAGGUUGAUUCUUCUUAUACCUCAAAAAUUCAUUUAAUUUGUUCAUUUGGUCCCAGAAAUUGAACAACUUAGGGUUCAAAGUACCUGUUGGUAAUUGUACAGAAGUCAAUGAGGUCAACUUUUUGGUAGUAUAAUUUAUCCAGUAGAUGGAUCCUUAAAGUUUUCUUUGUAGUUAUAGCUUGGCUUUUUGUGAUUAAUGAGCACAUUCUAAGUUUUAUUUGUAA